AAGACGAGUGCGAAAGAGAAACCAAAAAGAAGAAACAAAGACGGACAGUAUUAGGAUUGGCCUUCAGCAGCGAUCGUGCUUACACAAAGCCAAGCUCUCAAUAUAAAUCAUCAACCCAAUAAUCCUUCACCAAAAAAAGAAAUUAUCAAACUUUGAGAGGAAAAACAAUUAGAUACACUGCGAGCCGAAGCCGAAGCUUCCAAGAUUCGAACCCAGUGAGUGAGUUUCGAUUUCUAUGCAAUUCUUCAACUCCAAGGUCAGAGUUCGAUCAAUGUACAAGCCCUUUGUUUUCCCGCCACGCACUUGCAAGCUUUAGUACUUGCUUUUCAUUGUCCUAUGUUUCGUUGCAAUUUGCAAUUUCGUUUUUCGGUUCGUUCCCUGUUAAACUCAAUUUUUUUCCAGCUCACUGAUCUCCUUCCCCCAACUUCAAAUUUUGGAAUUUGAAGUUCAAAGCUUUUGAAUUUCGCGAAACAAUGAGGGUUUAAAUCGCUGCAGUGAUUCAAUGUCCGUUUUGUGAUGUUCGAGAGAAGCAAGGUGUCUCCAACCCUGGGUUGGUGAUUCAAACUUAAGAUAUUGAUUUGCCGCACAAUUCAAUGAAUUAAGUUUGAUUUGCGGAAUAUCACGCCUUUGCUCAAUCAGUUCCAUCUCGUUUUCAUCCCUAGGGUUUUGGUGCCGGGUACAUAGAUUUGAUUUUGCGUUGAAUGGUGUAUUUGCGGGCAAAUUUUGGGAUUAUUUCGAGACAACUGUUAUUCCGUUCAGAAUUCGAAGUUCCGCCUGGGUUACUGUUGUUAGUACGGUUAUACAUCUGGCCAUUCCGCCAUGCAGAGCUACGCGUAGUUGAUCUGUUUUAAAUCAUAUGGGGGAUGGGAGCUGGAGAAUUCUUUGGAAACAUAAUUAAGUGGAAUCUGACUCAAAUUAGGGUUACAGGUGGGUGGGAUAUUUUGUGAUUUUGUGGGCGGUGUAUGAAUCUACUUGUUGAGAAAUGCAACCCCGGCAGAGCUCAAGAAUUGAUUUGGCUGAAUUGAAGGCACAAAUGAUAAAGAAGGUUGGAGUUGACAAGUUUAAACGGUACUUUUACUACUUGGAAAGGUUUAUUAGUCACAAGCUGAGCAAGCCUCACUUUGACAACCUUUGUAGUCGCAUACUUGGCAGGGAGAAUGUUCCAUUGCACAAUCACCUUUUCAGAUCAAUGCUGAUGAAUGCAUGCCAAGCCAAGACCCCACCACCAAUCCAACCAUCUGGUCCUUCAAGGUUUGGAACACAUGUUACCAACAUAUCUCCUGGUAGAGAAGAUGGGCAUGAAACAAAUGGCGUCACUUUACAGAAUCACAUUCAAAAUGCACCAAUUUGGUCAAAUGGGGUUUUACCAGUAUCACCACGUAAGAUGAGGAGUGGAAUACGUGAGCGGAAGCAUAGAGAUAGACCAAGCCCUCUUGGACCAAAUGGGAAGGUUGUCUCUCAUCAAUCACUAGGUACAGAAGACAGUGGCGGUAAGGGUGACAUGGAGAACGGGACUCUCACUCCAUGCGAUUAUCAAAGACCUGUACAACUUCAAGCUGUUGCUGAGUUACCUGAAGAUGAAAGAAGAGAUGCUGCUCAGCAACCUGCUAAUAAACCAAUAAUACAUGGAAAAGGGGUGACUGAAGCUUUAACUGAAGAUGGGGAAGAGGUGGAGCAGUCACACUACUUAAGUUUCUCUAGGAGCCCCCUGCUAGCUCCACUAGGGAUUCCAUACUGCCCAGCAAGUGUGGGUGGGGCCCGCAAAGCUUUACCAGUGGCUAGCACUGGUGAUUUCGUUAGCUGUUAUGAUAGUGGUUGGUUGUCUGACUCUGAUACUUUGAGAAUGCGCAUGGAGCAGAUUGUUGCAGUACAGGGUCUUGGGGGUGUUUCUAUGGAAUGUGCCCAUAUGUUGAAUAAUGUGUUGGAUGUUUACCUGAAGCGGUUGAUCACAUCCUGUGUUAAUUUAGUGGGGGGUAGGUCUACAAAUGCGCUAAGGAAGCCCCCUGUUCAGAAACAGCAGGUUCGGGGCACGGUCAUCAAUGGUAUGUGGUCAAGUAAUCAUUUACAUGUGCAGAGUGCUGGUGGAGUAUCAGAAACUGUUCCUGAACACAUACCGCCACUGCCAUGCUCAGUAUCUUUGCUUGAUUUCAGAGCUGCCAUGGAGUUGAAUCCACAGCAACUUGGAGAAGAUUGGCCAUUGCUAUUGGAGAAGAUUUCUAUGCAUGCAUUUGAGGAAUAUCUCUUUUUAUGAAGAUUUGUCCAAGCAAAGGCUGGUCUGGUUCUUCUGGUUCUAUUGGCUUGGCCAUGGUUGCUGAUCAUCAGUGCGCUCAAUAUGUUGUCAUUGCCAGGGCGAACCAUUUGACCCCCUGAACUAUAAACCCUGACCCUUCCAGGGUGAUACACUGGUAGUGGAGCUACAGAAUGUCUUAUACCUGCUAUUUGCAGGCCUGGACAGAUCAGAAAUCUAUUUAACUGCAACCACGGGCACAGUCAAAUCAAAUGCCCAGGACUGGUUGCUCUGUUGUAUCUUUAGCAUUGGAGUUGGCUGUAUUUGUGAUAGCUAGAGAUUCCAAGCUUUUUGUUUACCAUACAGCCAAUGAGAAGGAAAACUAAGAAAGUUUUGCAGAGAUACUGUUGUGUUGCUGGGAUCAAGGGGUAAUUAAGAAUAGUACUUGAUCUUACAGGAGAAAGAUAAGCUUGACUGUUAUCCAGCUUGGCAAACGGUAUUAUGAUAAGAGCUGCUAUCCGAUGUAUUCAGGAACAUCAUGGAUGCUCAUUAAUUCUGCGUUAACAGGAGCAUGCUAAUGAGCAUAUAAUUGAGGUUUUCUUGUUCAUUGGAAUUUCACAUUCCACCUAAUUCAUUGCUGAGUAAUUGGCUUUUGCCCUUCCUUGGCUUUGCUGGGGUUUUCUCUUUUAUCUAUGGCCAAGAAUCGCUCACUUCUUUGUUUGGAUCAAAUCAGUGUUGUAAAUUCCUCACUCAUGUAUAUUAAUAUUUUGACUAAUUUAUUUCUAUUAACCAGAACAUUGAAGUUGAAUUUUGUUUAUUCUGUUUGACGUGAUUUGCAA